UUUUCCAUUCGUUGCUUUGUACACAACUAAAAUUUCUCACGUGAAGGAGUUUUUCUAUUUAAUUCUAUUUUAACGGUUUAUUUUGUAGAUGAACAUUUUUUAAAUAAAAGUUUUAGUAUCACUUUUUAUCCUGAAGGCAGAGAUGUCUUCUGCUUGCAAUUCCGAAUCGGAUACCGAGUUGGGCAUUGACUGGACGCAAAAGCCAAUCAAGAGCCGCUCUUUCUAUAAUAGCCGAUUCCGCAAUGUUAUGCAGUCGCGACAAAAGACCACUCAUUCGACAUCACCAACGUCCACACGUGACACAUCCACGUCGGACCAUCAGUCGAGUGCGUCGCGGCGUUCGCUUCUGCCCACGCCACCGGCGGCAUUAGGUGUGGGUAUGAUCCCUCCAAUGGCAUCAUCCCAAAUGAGUGGAGUGGAGCGAUAUAGGGUGACUUCAACAUCGGGCCCGGAGCAGCGACCCUAUCGCAAAUUCCUUGAGAUCUGCAGCCAGGACAUUGGCGCCAUACUGGGCAGGGCUGGGAGCACUGUGAUGCGAGUGGAACGUCAAUACAAUGUGGCUGUCUAUCUGGAUCGCCAGCGCCUUCUGCUGAUUGUUCGUGGAGGGCUGCAAGUGCAGGUGAACGACGCCCUGGUCGACAUCUGUAAGAUUAUCACCGAGAACCGAUGUCGGGGUAAUUGGUCAUCCAUGCAUCAAACAGGCCGACAAUCGGCUGGUGGCCACAACAAUAACAGCUGGCGCAGCACAUCGAUUCCUGGGAUCUCGCGCAAAAAGUUCCCAUUUCCAGCCAGGGAAUUCACAUUCAACUAUCGCGAAUCCCCGGAGGUAACCGCACUUGGUGAGGGCAGCGUAUUGGCUCUACGCGAUACAAAUCACAUUGUGGUGGUGUUCAAUAACUGUGAGGGCUUCGAAUUCUGCUGGCCGAGACCAGUUUGGCUUUUUGAGCAGGCCUUUGUCCAGUAUGGAAACAACUGGGCCCAAGAGCUGAAGGAGCGCUAUGGACGACCUACGGUCAUUCAAGGUCAAGGUUGGCCAAUUUUGCUACAGGGUCAUGACCUAAUUGGCGUAGCUCGUUCUGGCAUGGGCAAAACAUUGACCUACCUUUUGCCCUCAUUGCUGCACAGCGACCGACUAAGGCGACGCCCAGGACUAUCUAGUUUAGGAGCCGAUGUUCUAGUCCUAGUGCCCACACGAGAUGCGGCCAUGCAGGUGGAGCAGGAGUUGCAGAACUUUAGCAAUGGCCAGGCAAGUUGUCUCCUUCUGGUGGAUGGCUCAACGAAUACAUAUUCGCAACUGGAUCAACGUGUGCAAUGGAUCAUUGGAACUCCUGUCCGCAUUGCCGAAUUGCUCGAUAUCGAGGAUCUUCAUCUGAGUGACAUAAGUUUGUUCAUCAUAGACGGCGCCUUUCGCUUGUUGGCAAUGGGCCUCGAGCCGCAUUUGUAUCGCAUUGCCGAAAGUAUGAGGAUGGAUCGGCUGACCGUCAUAAUGUCCAUUAGGUGGGAUGCUCAGGUACAUCGCUUGGCCAAUAGACUCACUCUGCGACCUGUUUUGGUCUGCAUAAGCCCCCGCGCAGAUCCAACGAAAGGCAUUGCCAGAUCCAGGUCUACCAAAAUGGUGCGGCAACUCGUUUAUGUUCUCCAUGAGCACGACAAGUUCGGCAAAUUGAUGAGUUUUCUGUGUCAAAUGACCCCGUACGACAAGGUCGUAAUCUUUUGCAGCACCAAAGAACGAGCCACUGAGCUAUCCCUACAGCUGGGCACCAACAACAUGAUGAACGCCUGUCUGCAUAGCCUGCUCGGGCACGAGGAGCGAUCGCAGAUUCUAAGUGACGUAGGUAGCGGUUAUGUACGCAUACUCCUUGCCACCGACCUGGUCGCCCAUGGCCUGGAUAUCGAAGAUAUCAAUCAUGUGGUCAACUACGAUUUCCCGCCAGGCAUAGCCGACUAUGUGCUGCGAGUCGAACGUACUGCCCGAUCGGGGCGCCUUGGCAACUGCAUUAGCUAUAUCACUAGCACUACUGACAGCUUCCUGGCCACUCAAUUGAUUGCCAUUUUGGAGGCUGGUAUGCAUGAAGUGCCCAUAGAAUUGCGCCAAAUGGACCAGCGUGUUAAUCAGAAUCGCCAGGAGCGGCGCACAAUGAGUGCUUCUAGUUCCGUCAGGCGUCGUGGUCCCUGCCCUACGGGAGAGUAGUUCAACCAAUUGGAUAAAUUUAAAAUAAGUUUCGUGUAGUUUGUCUGCUAAAUUUCUUGUCAGUCCCCUUCAACCCUCUAACCGUAUUCUAAAUCGUCUUUUCAAGUACAAACCAAUUCAAAACUAGUGUAUAUACUCUAGUUCAUUUUGCAGCAUUCCAAAAGAAAGCGAGAGUCUAUAUCUCAAUUACGUGAGCCUUCAGAAAAAACGUGGCGUUUAACCUUUCUGGCCCUCAUAUAUGUAUGAACCCUGUUGGCCAUGGCCUCACUUCAGUUGCCAAUUUGACGCAGAAUGCACGUGAAACAAAUCAUAUGCCUUACCGUAAUCUGCUUCACCGCUUGGGCAAUGGCUGAAACAUCAACUUCAACGGCGACGACGACGGCGGCGACGACGACUGAGCCAUCGACUCGCCGUAAUAUAAUUAAAAAUUUUGUUGCCCAAGUGCAGCAAUUAAUUGGCAAACUUAUGCAGGAUUUGCAAAAAAUUUAAGAGAAAUAAAUUUUGUUAUGUGAAAUCAAAGUCAAAUAAAUGGCAAAAUGUGUGUGA